UUUGGUAACACAGUCAUUUACCAAUUUAUAGUUUUAUUUUAUAUUGCCCAUUUCUUGUCCCUCGAAGAGUCCGCCUGGAGAGAGAGAGUGGUUUCGAUUUUGCGAUUUGGCUUUUCGUUGAGUUCUGAAUCUACGAGUUUGAACGGAUAGGUUGGUUUUAUUUGGAUAGAACAAAAUGGGAGGUGGAUUUAGAGUGCUUCAUCUUGUUAGACCAUUUCUUUCGUUUUUGCCCGAAGUUCAGAGUGCUGAUCGGAAAGUUCCAUUCAGAGAGAAGGUGAUAUAUACCGUGAUAUCACUCUUCAUCUUUCUUGUAUGUAGUCAGCUCCCUCUGUAUGGCAUACACUCUACAACGGGUGCAGAUCCAUUCUACUGGAUGCGUGUGAUUCUUGCCUCGAACCGUGGGACCGUCAUGGAGCUUGGGAUCACCCCCAUAGUGACGUCUGGAUUGGUGAUGCAACUCUUGGCUGGGUCCAAGAUAAUUGAAGUUGACAAUAAUGUUCGCGAGGAUCGUGCCCUUUUAAAUGGUGCACAGAAGUUAUUGGGUAUUCUGAUAGCUGUUGGUGAGGCAGUUGCAUAUGUCCUCUCGGGAAUGUAUGGCAGUGUUAGCCAACUUGGAGUUGGAAAUGCCAUUCUUAUUAUAAUUCAACUUUGCUUUGCUGGUAUCAUUGUUAUAUGCCUAGACGAACUUCUCCAGAAAGGAUAUGGUCUGGGCUCUGGGAUUUCUCUUUUUAUAGCAACCAAUAUAUGUGAGAACAUCAUCUGGAAAGCAUUUAGUCCGACAACAAUUAAUAGUGGGCGAGGAGCUGAAUUUGAAGGUGCUGUUAUUGCCUUAUUCCAUCUGCUGAUAACUCGAACUGACAAGCCUCGAGCUCUCCGUGAGGCUUUUUACCGGCAGAACCUACCAAAUGUAACAAAUUUGCUUGCUACGGUCUUGAUCUUCCUCAUUGUUAUCUACUUUCAAGGGUUCCGUGUAGUUUUGCCUGUGAGAUCAAAGAAUGCCCGCGGACAGCAGGGUUCCUAUCCAAUCAAGUUGUUCUACACCUCAAACAUGCCUAUUAUUCUUCAAUCUGCGCUAGUGUCUAAUCUCUACUUCAUUUCCCAGUUGCUAUACAGGAAGUACAGUGGAAAUUUCCUUGUGAAUCUUUUGGGUAAAUGGAAGGAAUCAGAAUAUUCUGGCCAAUCUGUCCCUGUUGGUGGACUGGCAUACUACAUUACUGCUCCAUCAAGCUUGGCCGAUAUGGCAGCCAACCCUUUUCAUGCUUUGUUCUACCUUGUUUUUAUGUUAUCCGCCUGUGCUCUGUUCUCAAAAACUUGGAUUGAGGUAUCUGGGUCAUCUGCUAAAGACGUGGCAAAGCAGCUUAAGGAACAACAAAUGGUGAUGCCUGGGCACCGGGAGGCAAAUUUACAGAAGGAGCUGAACCGCUACAUACCCACUGCAGCAGCCUUUGGGGGCAUGUGCAUCGGGGCACUGACUGUGUUGGCAGAUUUUAUGGGUGCAAUUGGUUCUGGCACAGGGAUUUUGCUUGCGGUGACGAUCAUAUAUCAGUACUUUGAGACAUUCGAGAAGGAGAGAGCUACCGAGCUUGGUUUCUUUGGUUUUUAAUGUUUAGGUUCUCAUAUGAUCAGUGUUUGGUAGUGAAGAUGAGCUCUCCCUGACAGUUUUGGUGAGCGGAGAAUGGAAACUAGAUUCUCCUCUACACCAAGGCAAUGUUCUGAAUGUAGGAAUUGAGUGGAAUGAAAUGAAGUGGAAUCGGUUAUUUCUGGUCACCGCACAAUUUUGCAUUCCAUUCCUCUCUUAACCCAUCCAGUUGCAGCAUCUCAAGCAUUACAAAGUUUAAUUCGAAAUUUUAGGAUGGUUGAUUUAGUUUUCUUGUUAAUUUAAAACUUGAGCUGCUUGGUUGUCCCAGUGUGGUGUUUGUGUAUUUGUGACGAAGACAACACAUGCCUUGCAGAAAACAAUCAUUGUAGGGAUUUUUGCUUUCAAGGUUUACUUUAUCUGUUCCAGGAAACAGUAUAAUGGAGCUAACUGAAAUUUUUUGGUA